AAUGUUUUACUGUGAUGAAGCACCUGACCCAUUUGUCUUGUGUACUGAACAGUGGAAAUCUUCUGUUGCUGAUGUUGGUGUAACGUUUCCAAGCUCAUCCACCAGCAUGUCUGUUUCGGUUAUUAUCAAGUGGGGUGGGCAGGAGUACUCCAUUAGCACACUGUCUGAGGAGGACACUGUGUUGGAUCUGAAACAGUCCAUCAAAUCACUCACAGGAGUUCUUCCAGAACGACAGAAGCUCCUGGGGUUGAAAGUGAAAGGUAAACCAGCAGACGAUGAAGUCAAACUGGGUGACUUGAAAUUGAAGCCCAAUACCAAAAUUAUGAUGAUGGGCACCAGAGAGGAAAGUUUGGAAGAUGUUUUGGCGCCUCCACCAGAAAAUGAUGAUGUGGUCAAUGACUUUGACAUUGAAGAGGAAGUGACUGAGGUUGAAAACAGGCCAGAGAAUUUGGCCAAGAUAGCUCGUCGAGUGAAAGAUUAUAAAGUUGACGAGUUAAAUCCCCCAAGACCAGGAAAAAGAUUGCUUGUUCUAGAUAUUGACUAUACGCUCUUUGAUCAUAAGUCCUGUGCAGAGACGGGUCAGGAGCUGAUGAGACCAUACUUACACGAGUUUCUUACAUCAGCAUAUGAGGACUAUGAUAUUGUCAUCUGGUCUGCAACAAGUAUGAAGUGGAUUGAUGCUAAAAUGAAAGAACUGGGGGUGACGGACAACCCAAACUACAAGAUCACCUUCAUGUUGGACAGUGCAGCUAUGAUCACUGUGCACACACCUAAAAGAGGAGUCGUAGAGGUGAAGCCUUUGGGAGUCAUAUGGGGUAAAUAUAGUGAGUUCUACGACAGGAAGAACACCGUUAUGUUUGAUGACAUCGGAAGAAACUUCCUCAUGAAUCCACAGAAUGGACUGAAGAUCAGACCGUUCAUGAAGGCACACUUAAACCGUGAGAAAGACAAAGAGCUCUACAAGCUGUCUCUGUAUCUGAAGGAAAUCGCUAAACUGGAAGACUUCUUGGGUCUCAACCACAAGCACUGGGAAAGGUUCCUCUCAAAGAGGCAGAAUCAAUGACAUCUUCAGAGUCUAGAAAGGUACCUGACCAAACAACUGCUGCUCCACAUGUCAUCGGCUUCUCUGUAUCUCGCCCUGUUCAUCUUACGUCUCUUUAUAGUCGCUCGUUACCGGAGGACAAAAAAUAUUCUAGCAUUUGUACUCUUCAAAACACUAUUUACCUCAACAGGUCAAUGAAAAGCAUUUCAACAAUUAAUAGCAUCGACUGCAUUUAAUGCAAGCAUGACGGUACUUUGACCUCAUUCCCCGCCUGACACACUCUUCUUC